AAAGACCUGCGUAGUUUAACCGUUGCCACCGGUAGAAUACCUAUGAAUAAUUGCACUCAUUUCAAAUUCUGCAUGGAUUUUUAAAAAUUUGAAAGAAAUGUAUGAUGAUAGUAAUAAUACAAUCAAAGAUGCUUUUCAAGAACCUCGUAAAAAAUUUUGGCUGCGUUCUAGAAAACGUCCAAAAAGUGAUGCCAUUAGUAUUAGUUCAAUGGACAUAUCUAUUGAAUCAGAGAUGGGAAAAAAGAAAAAACGAAGAAGAAUCACAGAAGUAGCUAGCAGUAUUUUUUCUUCUUCUGCCAUUAGUACGAAACAAGGAAAUACUCUCCACAGGUCUUUUACUAUUCAACCAAGCACAACAGAUUUAACUUUUGGAGAAAAUGAAGCAGACACAGGAACAUUGAAGAAAAAGAAAAAAGAGAAUAUUGAAUGCACUAACAGUUUUACUCUUAAGAGUUGGGUACUUGAUAUAGCUAAAACAAGUACCAAAGACAAAUCUAAUUACUCUUUAAGUAGAAAAGAAGUUAAAAGACAAGAAGCUAUAUAUGAAUUGUAUUGUGGAGAAAAUGUAUUCAUAAAUGAUUUAUGCAUUCUCAGAGAUUAUUAUUAUGAACCAUUGAUAUCUACUGGUAUUUUCACUUCUGAUGAGUUAGUGACACUUUUUGGUAAUAUAACACAACUUAUUGAAAUACAUAGCAGAUUAAGGGAUAAAUUGAUUGAUCUAAGAGAUCAGUGUGGAUAUACAGAUAGUGUUGGACCCACAUUAUUAAAUUGGAUUCCAACAUUAAUAAAACCAUACUUAGAAAGAUCUAGAACACAGAUAUGGGCCAAACAAUUAUUGGAUGAAAAACGGUUGACAAAUAAAAGGUUUCAAUCAUUUUUAAAGAAACGUUUAGAAUCUUCUCAUUCAGUUGAUUUAUGGACUUAUAUAGAUGUGCCAAGAUCAAGAAUUGUUAAAUAUCCUUUAUUGGUUAAGGAAAUACUCAGGCAUACUGCUACAACACAUGUAGAUCAAUCAUCCUUAAAAGAAGCAUAUGACAUGUUAUCCAAUUUACUUAAAGAUAUAGAUAAAGCUAUGGGAAAUGCUGAAUGUAAAUUAGCUCAAUCAAAAAUUAAUGUAAAAUUGGACUAUGAUCCUAAUAAGUGCAUCGAAAAUGCAACACAGCUAAUUACUGAAGGGCAGCUUAAAGAUACAAAGGGAAUGAAAUAUCAGUGCUUCCUUUUUGAUACUGGCUUUGCUAUAACUCGUGGUACAAGAUCUCUAAAUAAAAAGUAUAAUUUAUCUUUUCCUGUAAUACCUAAAGAAAAAAUUUGUAUAAGUACAGAUGAAAAAUCUAUCGCGAAUUUUGGAUUUAAAAUUGGUGAUCAUAUCCUAACAACAGAAGAUGAACAUGGAAGAAGACAUUGGAUUGAUUCCUUUAAUAAAGUUAAUUAUAAUAGUAUUAAUUUGUUAGAAAAUCUAAUUGAUACUAAUGAAAAAGAAAAUGUACAAAUUUUGACACCAACAAAAACGAACCAAUCUACUGGAUUAUCAAUUAAUAAGAUAAGUGAAAGUCAUUUUUCUUUAACUUUAAAGAGAAGUUUUUUGAAACAAAAACGUAACAGUAUUGGUUAUAUUUAAUAUUAAUAACUUUACAUUCUAUUUUAGAAUAUUUUUUAUGUUCUUGUAAUCUGCUCAGUUGUAA